UCACGUGAGAGUGUAAACAUGGCGACUCUGUUUUCGUAUUUUACUCCAAAAUCGAAGAAGCCCUCGUCUCCUGUUUGCGGUGAUACUGCAGAUAAAAAUAAGAAUAAUUCGCCAAAGGAAGGCGCGCAGGGGUUUUCGCCAAUAAACGAUAAGAAAUCGACGUCGCCAAACACGCCGAAAGCUUCGAGGACGCAGAAAGAUUUGAGCGGGGAAUCUGGCUUGGUGAAGAUUGAACGAUGUGGAAUUGUAUGGGCGAAACUCGAAGGACACCCCUGGUGGCCAAGCUUGAUCUGUGAUCAUCCUACGCAAAGAGUUUACGAACGAGGAGAUAAGUGCCAUGUUCAGUUUUUUGGAGACCCUCCGAGUCGAGCUUGGGUAAAGCGAAGGCAAAUGAAACAAUUUUCAAAAGAUCAAAACAAUCGUGUGAUAGAUCCCAACAUAAAGAAUGCAGUGCAGCAAGCUGAGGAUGCCUUGUCUCUCACACUGGAACAGCGAAAGGAACUUGUCAACUGUUUACCUUCUGAUGAGGAAGAGAAUGGAGAAGACCCUUGUGAUGAAACAAUGUUAACAGAUGAUGAGAGCCCCAAGAAAGAAUCAAGCGGACAGAAGAGGAAGAACAGUGGAGGAAGUUCCAGAAAUGAUGCUAGUGACGAGAAGGAUGAUGAUGAUGAGGUUACAGGAAGGAAGUACAACAGCAAACGGCCCCGAAGGAAAGCUGCCACAAAGAAUAAAAAAGUAAAGAAAAGACGUAUUAUAGAGUCGGGUUCAGAAGACUCAGCAGAUGAUUACAAGCCUGACGAAGAUGGUGAUGAUGAUGAUGAGUUCCCUCAUCCUUUCUCAACUCCAAAGAUGCUACACCAGCCAUGAAGCAAUGGUGGCAGCUGAAGAGUGACAACUUUGACACCAUCCUGUUCUUUAAGGUUGGCAAAUUCUAUGAAUUGUACAACAUGGAUGCCACAGUCGGUGUGAAAGAACUUGGAUUAAUCUAUAUGAAGGGUAAUUUUGCACAUGCUGGUUUUCCUGAAAUUGCCUUUGGACGAUACUCUGACACGCUGAUUCAGAAAGGCUAUAAAGUGGCACGAGUAGAGCAAACAGAAACUCCAGAGAUGAUGAAGGAAAGGUGCAAGAGAACUCACUCCAAUUUAAAGAGUGAUCAAGUGGUGAAAAGGGAAAUAUGUGCUGUAAUCACGAAAGGAACAAAGACAUACAGUUUUGUGGAUGGGGAUUGUACAGAAAGUAGUGCUGCCUAUCUUUUAGCUAUUUCUGAAAAGGGUUCUGAUGAUGUUUCUGGUGGGGAAAGUGUCUAUGGUGUUUGCUUUGUGGACACAUCCAUUGGAAAGUUUCAUAUUGGACAGUUCAAAGAUGAUCGUCAGUCUUCUCGAUUGCGGACUCUGGUGGCCCAUUUUACUCCUGUCCAGGUUCUGUGUACCCGUGGAGGUUUAACAUUGAAAACCCAACAAGUUCUCAACCAUGAAUUGAUGUCUGCCAUGAAGGAAUACUUAACACAAGGAUCACAGUUUUGGGAAGCAGGCAAGACACUGAAGGUUCUUGCAGAGGAACAAUAUUUCAAUAAUGACGAGAAUAACACUGAAAAUCCAGUGAAGAGUUGGCCAGAUGUUUUAAAGAAGUUGACUGAUGGAGAUCCUCUGGGUUUAAUGCCCGGUGAAGGCAGUGAAUUGGCUUUGAGUGCUCUUGGUGCUGUGAUUUGGUACCUGAAGAAAUGCCUGAUAGAUGGAGAAGUCUUAUCAAUGGGGAAUUUUGAGGAAUACCUGCCGCUGGACAAUUCUCCUGCCUGUGGACAGAACUCAAGUUUUGUGAAAGGGAGGCAACACAUGAUCCUGGAUAACAUCACUCUAACAAACCUAGACGUUAUUCCAUCUGGGCCUGAUGCUUCACUCGAGGGAACAUUGCUGGAAAGACUGGAUCACUGUUGUACCCCUUUUGGUAAACGUUUAUUCAAGCAAUGGCUUUGUGCACCUCUCUGCAACCCGGCUUCCAUCAAUGACAGACUCAAUUCUGUAGAAGAUUUGAUGGCUAACCCAAGUUUAAUGGCAGAAACAAAAGAUGUAUUGAAGACCCUGCCAGAUCUGGAAAGACUCUUAAAAAAAAUACACGCGUUGAGUUUGCCUCGAGACAAGAAUCACCCAGCCAAUAGAGCAAUUCUCUAUAAUGAAGACACUUACAGUAAGCGAAAAAUAAAUGAUUUUCUCACGAUCUUGGAGGGUUUUGAUAAGGCGACAGAGAUUACAGCCAUGUUCAAAGACCAUGCUAGUUCUUUCAGUUCCAAACUUCUCACUCAAGUUGUCACAGAACAGGACAUUACCGCUGGACAGUCGAAAGUUAGUGGGCAGUUUCCGAAGUUGCACGAUCUCUUACACGCCUUCAAGCACUCGUUUGAUCACAACAAGGCUAGGAAUGAAGGCGUCAUAUUGCCUAAGGCAGGGGUUGAUCCAGAUUAUGAUCAAGCCAUAGCAGAUAUUCAGUCCAUGCGCACCUGGUUUGACCAAUACCUGAAGAAACAAUGCGCUACACUAGGCUGCAAGGCUACGUAUUGGGGCUCAGCCAAGAACCGUUAUCAGCUUGAAAUUCCUGACUCUGUCCGUAAGAUUCCCGACGAAUACACCCUGCAGUCGCAGAAGAAAGGAUUUAAACGAUACUGGACAGCAGCGAUUGAAGAGAAGCUGGCGGAGUUAGUGGAAGCCGAGGAAAGACGAGAGGAAGCUUUGAAAGACACUAUGAGACUUGUGUUUCACAAAUUUGAUCAAGAGUACAAGACGUGGGAUAAAACAGUACAGUGUCUGGCUGUAUUGGACUCACUGAUAAGCCUUGCAUCCUGCAGUUCGCAGGCUGACGGUCCGAUGUGUAGACCUGAUAUCGUUCUUCCCGAGCAGACUUCUGAUGAAGAAUUUCAGCCUUUCUUGGAAAUCCGAGAAGGACGGCACCCGUGCAUUUCACGCACGUUCAGUGGCGGCGAUUUUAUCCCAAAUGACACAGUGAUUGGGAUGCAAGAUGACAAUGACUGCGAGGAGACAGCGGUCAACAGUCAAAGCACCUGCGUACUGGUUACUGGGCCUAAUAUGGGCGGCAAAUCAACGCUGAUGAGACAGGCUGGACUGAUCGUUAUCAUGGCUCAAAUGGGCUGUUAUGUUCCAGCUGAGAAGUGCCGCCUCUCUCCUGUGGAUCGAGUCUUUACUAGGCUGGGAGCGCACGACAGAAUCCUGUCAGGUGAGAGUACUUUCUUUGUCGAACUGAGCGAGACUUCAACCAUUCUCCGACAUGCGACGAGGCAUUCCCUUGUUCUGGUGGAUGAACUCGGUCGUGGCACUGCAACAUAUGACGGUACAGCCAUUGCUUGUGCAGUGGUUGGUGAACUUUCACGUCACAUCAAAUGCAGGACACUGUUUUCCACACACUAUCACUCACUGGUCGAGGAGUUCUCCGCUGACCCGAAUGUGCGAUUAGGGCAUAUGGCGUGCAUGGUUGAAAAUGAAGACGAGACUGAUCCAAGUAAAGAAACAAUAACAUUCCUGUACAAGUUCGUGAAAGGCGCCUGUCCAAAGAGUUACGGAUUUAAUGCAGCAAGGCUUGCUGGGAUACCGGAUGAGGUAAUAUCUGUGGCUGUCAAUAAAGCUCGACAAUUUGAGGAGACCACAGAUCGCGUCAAAAUUUUCAGGUCGCUGCUUAACUGCAAGACAGGGGAUGUAAAACAGCUACAGAAGCAAAUAAUGUGUAAUUAGUUUUGAAAGUGGGAUAAGUAGAAUGUUACUGCUUUAAUUUUUCUGAGCCAGAUGAAGAAGUUCAAAUUGUUCCUGUUUUAGAACACGUCAAUAAAAUUUUCAUUGAUGUUUUGA